GCGCCGUUUACGUUCGGGGGAGGGUCGGCUCGUGCCCGUAGCGUAGUGGCUAGCCCUAAGAAGGCGCUGAGUGCUGCUGCUGCUGCCACGGCUGUGAGCUAUUAACUUAUUGUUUUUCUUGUGCACUGCGUAAAGUCUGUCGUUGUGCUAAAGUAUGAACAGAGGCACUUUUACGGGAGGACGGGGGAAGAAACCAGCGGUUCCCGAUAAAGUCGACAUGUCAUUAGACGACAUCAUUCGGUUGAACAAAAAAGAGCAACAGUUAAAACGGAGACAGGCCAGUGUGAACCGUCGACCAGUCAAGAAGAAGAAAGGCCGUUUAGCCCAAGCAAAGGGAGUUGCUCCAAGGACUGCUGGAGCGGUCCAGAGAGGAGGUAUCGUAUCCCGGGGCGGAGUACCUAAAUUACGAAACAGAAGAGUUCCCCCACCACCGGUCCGACGAAGGGGGCAAGGGGUCAUCACAGGGCUGGCGGCCCGAAGGCCAGCCGCCCUGCUGAAGCGAGUCGGCACAUUUAACAGAGCAGCAGCCAACCAGAAAACAAGACAAAAAAAAAAGCCCUUCAUUCAGCGCUCUGAAGCCCAGUACAGGAAGCCAGAGGUACAGAGGAGGCCGUACAGGCAGCCCGAUCCACAGAGAGGCCAGAAUGUAACAUCUGUCAGGAGACCUUUUCAGCUGCAAAGAAGACCACUGCCACCUGUCCAGCAGACUCAGAGGGAAGCACGUCAGGCCACGUUUCUUUUUCGCAGAGGGAUCAAGGUGCAGGCCCAGGUGCAAAAGCCAAAUCCUCGCACUCCUCCAGUCAGAACUCGACAGUGGCGCACGUCAACAACCAGCAGCGGAAUCUUGACUGUUUCAAUUGACAACCCCACAGCGCUGACUCAGCCUGAGCCUCCCUCUGCUUGGACUCUUCAUCCCCCAGCUGUCACCUCGGCGCCUGUUAAGGUGGAAACGGUGGAGAAGAAAAUCCCAAAAGGAGUGCCUCUUCAGUUUGACAUCAACAGCGUUGGGAAACCGCAAACAUCGAUGACCUUGAACGAGCGAUUCCGCAUCCUCAAGGAUCGACGCACUGCCACAGCACAAAGCACAAAAGGCAGCCGGUUUGUGACUGUGGGUUAGCCGGCAAGAGGACGCUGGCACGUGCAGCUUAGAAGCCCCUUUAUCCUGCUCAGACCCACACAGUGAACCCCACCUUCCUGAUGGAUGGGAUGUGCUAACCCGCUGACUCACUUUUCCAAUGGGAGGGAGGGCAGGCGUGGGACACGCAAGUGCAACAAGCACAAGAGCUCCACUGAGAGCCCAUGUGCACGAGUGUCAAUGGAAGAGUUUAUUUAAAAUGAGUUCCCAUUCAUCGUCCAUAUCAUUGUACUCCACUGUUUGUAUUGUGGAUGUCCUAUGCUGGGAAGGGAAGAGCUUUUGUCUUCUUUGGACUUGGAAUGGUUUACACUAUUAUGGAGACUGCUUGGAGAGGUAUCUUUUCAGAGAAGACAGUUAUGUAUUUGCUAGGGUGGCCCGUAUGUUCUCAAUGCCCUUUUUUGACAUUUUUGAGAAUUGUUUUGUAAAGUUUCUUCAAAUAAACAAAUUUCUCUUUAGA